AUGAACACGCAGCAGAUGGAAGAGAUGGGCAAGUUUAGGAUCACAGUCUGGGAGGAGGAGAACUUCCAGGGUAAGCGCUGUGAAUUUAUGAUGGAGUGUCCGAACAUCAUGGAGAGAGGCUUCUGCAAGAUUCGCUCCAUCAAGGUGGAGAACGGGCCCUGGGUAGGUUAUGAGUACCCUGAGUUCCAGGGGCAGCAGUUUAUCUUGGAAAAGGGCGACUACCCAUGCUACCAAGCCUGGAGUGGGAACAGCAGUUACAGAACUGAACACCUGCUGUCAUUCAGACCUGUUAAAUGUGCCAACCACAGUGACAGUAAGGUGACUCUGUACGAGUGUGAAGACUUCCAGGGACGAACUUUUGAGAUCUGUGAUGACUAUCCCUCUCUCUUAGCCAUGGGCUGGUGCAGUAAAGAGGUUCCCUCAAUCAAAAUCAACUCCGGAGCCUGGGUAGCCUAUCAGUUCCCUGGUUACCGUGGAUACCAGUACAUCUUGGAGAGAGACAGACACCAAGGAGAGUACAGAAACUACAAUGAAUACAGUACCCAAGCCCACUCCAAUCAGAUCCAGUCUAUUCGCAGAAUUCAGCACUAA